AUGGGAAUCAGUGGGAGCCAGGAGCAGGUACCAAAUGAGGCAAAUAAAGUGACUUUGCUGAUGAAACCAGUCCUAGAGGAGACUUUGUCGCAGGAGCAGCUGCAGCACAUUCUGGGGCUGUACUUCGAGGAGUUUUUGAUGUCCCCUUCCCCCUCCCCCAAGGAAAAGUCCUCCACAGAACUGAUAGCAGAAGUGGAAGAGGGAGAAGCUUCCCUGGAGCCUGGCCCCUUGACCUUUAAAGGCUGCAAUACCUCUGUAGCUCACCCAUGUUGCAGAAGUCUGGCUCACCAGACCUUUGUGGAUCAUUCCAAGAGGAGACGUUUUCAUGGUGAACUUAUGGUUGAACUUCUGGACAGGGCCAAGAAGCAGGUUGAGUAUCAAAGGAAAGGGGACUUGUUGCAAGAGGAAAGACAUGCUGAGAGGCAAGUAGAAGGACUCAGUCUGGCUUUGCAGCUUGAGGAUACGGUAGUGGCAGGGAGCAGUUUUGAUCAACAAGAAAGAUGCAUAGUUCAUUUAUAUUUUCUUCCCUUCUCAGAUGAACUUCGGCAAGCUAUUGUGGCCAUGAUGAACAGAAAGGAUGAGCUCGAAGAACAGAACAGAUCUCUGCGAAACCUGCUUGAUGGAGAGAUGGAACAUUCUGCACUACUCAGGCAAGAAAUUGAAAACUUGAGAAGGAAAGUAGCAGAGCAUGAGGAGCGACAUGCAGCAAAGAUCCAGGCCUUGGCAAGAUACGGGCAGCAGGUAAAGCUGCAGCUAAGAAAAUGGGUCGGGAACGUUCAGCAGGCGGCUCGCCAGGGUAAGCACCCAGGUCUGCCAAACCUUUGGAAUAUUGAUGGGGAAUUUACCAUACCUGAGCAAAAGCAAGUAGAAAACAACGAGGAACUAGCAAACUCCUAUGAAAGAAAACUGAUUGAGGUGGCAGAAAUGCAUGGGGAGCUUAUAGAAUUCAAUGAGCGACUACACCGUGCUUUGAUGGCUAAAGAAGCUCUUGUAUCCCAAAUGAGGCAGGAACUCAUUGAUUUGAGAGGGCCAGUCCCUGGGGAUUUGAGUCAGACAUCUGAAGACCAGAGUUUGUCAGAUUUUGAAAUAUCAAAUCGUGCCCUUAUUAAUGUUUGGAUUCCCUCAGUCUUUCUACGAGGAAAAGCUGCUAAUGCAUUCCAUGUUUACCAGGUAUAUAUCAGAAUAAAAGAUGAUGAAUGGAAUGUUUAUCGAAGAUAUGCAGAAUUCAGAAGCUUGCAUCACAAGCUACAGAAUAAAUACCACCAAGUAAGGACCCUUAAUUUCCCACCCAAAAAAGCCAUUGGAAACAAGGAUGCAAAGUUUGUAGAGGAACGACGCAAACAACUACAAAAUUACUUACGGAAUGUUAUGAACAAAAUUAUUCAAACUGUGCCAGAAUUCACAGUUAGCCCCAAAAAAGAGACUCUUAUUCAACUGAUGCCCUUUUUUGUUGAUAUCCAACCUGUGGGAGAACCAGUAAGCAAAAGCAAUCGCUCAAGAGUGGCUACCCGCUUUCCAAAGCUAUCUCGACACCAUCAAAGGGAGCCACGGAACCUGGAGCCUCAAAGUGGUGAUCUCUGACCCUUUGUAUAAUUGUGAACAUCAGCACCAUGUACUUUAAACUGCCCUGUGAUUCUGACCUAUCCUAUACUGUUGAUUAUGAAAGGCCCUGGGGAGAAUACAGCUGCAUUGAGUUAAUUCCUGAAAGGAGACUCUCAAUACUAAGGUUCAUCAUUCUGAUUUAACAGGUCACUUUUGAAAGCAGCAAGCAUUUUCCCAGUGGAAUAUGAGGGCUCUUCAUGGGGCACUCAGCAAAUUGUACACACUUCCUUUGUUUUGUAAAGCAUUCUCUUUUCUUCUAAACUUACUCCACUACUAUGAGUCCCUUGUUUGUGCCGUAGUGUCUCUUACACUCAUCCCAUCUAUUUCUGUUCCUGAGAUCUGUGUGCCUCAUGUUCGGAGAAUAUUAUUUUUUUCUUAGAAGUACAACUGUAAUUAUCACUAAUCAAUAUUUGUCAGAAAGUUGUACUUAAAAAAAACUCUCCUAACCCAUUGCCUUUUGGAAAUGGAAUGACUGUUGCUUUUUCAUUAUGAUCCUCUGAUGCACUCAAGAGUCUUAUAAACGUUACAAAGUAAAUGACGGAAGAAAAAACAGUAGAGAGGGCAGAAAUAGCUUUUGUAUGUUUCUAGUCAGAUAUUCCCAGAAGCUCUCACUUGUGAAGAGUAAUUCUACCAAAAUGGAGAUUCUAAUAAUUUUCUAUUGAAAUUUUUGUUUUUGCUGCAAGGCAAGGUGCAGUACAAGUCAGCUCAAGGAGUUUAGCAAAAAAGGAAACAUAAAGUUAACAUGUUACAGAAUAGAGUUUUCCAGCAUUUGGCUUUGUUCUGUUAUUGAUUUCUUGCUGAUGUUAUUAUAAAAACAGUCUCUCAGCAUAAAGAAAGGGGCCAUUUGGGCAUUCUUACAACUACUUUGUAAGACACAUGAAAUGCUGUUGCUAAAAGAUUGCCUAAGUUGAAAGUGCCUGUCACCUUUUUACUGGAAAGUGACUUGUAACGAUGUUGUGAGAACAACUAAAGAAAACUGGGAGAAUAAUUGUUACAAGUGCUGGAAAUCCUGAAAUGGAUCAACUGGAAUCCAGUUCACAACAUCUGUUAGCUAUACUGCCACAGGCAGUAAACUAUGCUUUAGCCAUCUUUUUUUCCCCAUGUAUAGAGUCUUAACCAAUAUUCAUUCAUGUUUACUGAAGAAUAUAUUCUGCUUUACCUGUGCACCAGAACAACUCUCUUCUCACAAGUUGUUUGGAUAAUCUGUGUUCCCAUAGGUUGGUAUAUUGUCCGGCUAUACCUGAAAGAAGGACAGGAGACACUUGAUAUGGUUUUAAUCAGACUGGAACUUUAUUAUUAGAUGUCUGUGACCACCCAGCAGAUAAAAGUGUAUCAUGCAGGUAACUCCAUGUUCGUUCAGUUACUACCAGGAAGGCUUCUGCCAGCCCUCAUCUUUUUCCAUGCAGGUCCCCCAGCCACCUAUUGCUGGGACCUAACCAUCCACCACCACCCUUGUAAGAGGGUUAAGGUGGGCUGUAAGAAAGGGAGGUUGGCUCCCUGCCAUACCAUGUAUAGGAGCCACCCUGUUCCAUUACUUUAACCAACACCUUCAUUUUAAGUCCUUUACCAAGUCAUUUAUCCAGUCACUGUACACCUUCACUGUGGAGUGCCUGCACUGGACAUCCGCCCCACACUUACAUAAUGAGUUGCGACAUAUAGCCUAACUCCCUUCACUGUUAACCAUAACAAAACCAUCCCUGAACCUGCUGUGGAAGGCAAAAAAAAAUCCACCCCACCUAGGCCAAUCUGCUGAUGAGGGAAAAAGUCCUUCCCAGAUACCCUAAAAAGAACGGCUAGCAUGAUGCCCACAGCAGGUCCUGACCAAGCCUGGUAUUUUGCCACCUGUAGGGGAGGGGAGGGGAGGGAAGGGAAAGGUAGGUGCUGACUCACCUGCUCUGUGGAAAAAGAGCUCCUCAUGCCCGGACUUGCCCUUCUUCAACUCCUUCGCCCUUCCGGUCCCAGGGGAUGAGUCAGUGUCGCCACGCUCACCCCAUCCCCUUUUGCAGCAGCUUCUGACCCCUCUCCCUCACCCUUAAAACACUGUUUCCUUUCCCUCAGCAAGCCAGACAACGGCCCCCCACUUAAAGGUGCAGUGUGGUUCAUUUUUGUUAUUGACUGUCAGUGUAUUAUGUAAAACCUGACAGUAGUAAUAGAAACCCAAGGGGUUGGGUUUUUUUCAGAAAAAGAAUCCACUUAUUAUUAAUGCACUUUUUUGAAUGUAGAGCUAUUUUAAAAAGUCUAAUGAACUGAGACCCAUAUUCUUCAAGCCUUUGUCCCAUUUUGUGGCACUUAUUCACGAGUAGCCCUAUUGACUUCAGUUGGACGACUCGCAUGAAUAAGGUUUGCUCAAAGUGAAUAAUGGUUGCAGAACUGGCUUCUGAGUGUGAAGAACGAGUCCUGUAAUCCUAACAUUGACAUACACUGUCAUAGAUUGCACUGAGUGAUGGGAAAAGGCAACCAGCAGCAACCAGGUAUUAACACGCGAGACCCCAAAAGAAAAAUCGUGUGCCAGAAAUGAAAUAUUGUUCUGUUACUUGCAAUUUUAUCUGCUACUGCAGUAUCUUCUGCACAUCUAUAAGAGAGCUCCUUUACAAAUGAAUCCCAACAAGCAGCUUUUCAGAAAAGCUAGAUGUCUUGGUUGCAUCAGAAAAUGAGUUGAUAUUGGUGUUUGAAUCCAGUAGGGUGGGGUGUUUGUUUAAAAAUAAAAAAUAAUAAAAUCUGUAAAGCCUCUCCGAACCAAUUAAUUUGAUGCAUAACUUAUAUUUUGAAGUUUGUCUUUGUUGAAAAAUUCAUAGAUUGAAUGUGAGUUCCACUUUGAAAGACUAAGAAUUCAUAUCUUUAAAAGGUCUAAAGGCUUUACAAGAUUGACAGGAGUGUAAUCUGUAAUUCAUGUGCCAAAUUUUGCCUACUAAUAUUGAAUUACAGAUUGAACUGAAAGCCUACCUUGCAUAAAUUCCUUUGGGGAGAAUUGGAUUUAGAUGUGUUUACCACAUGAAUCUGUUUUCAUCUUCAGAAAAUAGUUCACAAUGUACAGCUUCCCCCCACCCCCGUCUUUGAAAAGCUGCAAAUGGUAAGGAAACUAAUUUAGCAGAUACACAUGUGCUCAACAUAGAAUGACAUGUACUAUCCAUAUUUUUAAAACUGUCCUUAUUGGCUCUUUAAAUUAUCUCUUCCUCCCUCUUGAUUAAUUGGCCUUACCUAAUUUUUAGUAUAUGAAUAAAUAUGCAAAAAUCUGGACUUGUUUACAGUGAACAAGUUGUUCUCUGCUAAUUUUAGCAUAAAAUUACUCCUAGGGGAAUUUUGCGCCACUGCGCUUGCACAGAAUUCAUGUCCCUGCAGAUUUUUUUGCUUCCCCGCAGAAAAAUGACUUUCUGACAGGGAAGCAAAGGGAAGCUGCAAGAGCAGUCAUGCACCACUCCCUAGCUGUGCAGGUACAUCAUUUCAGGCACCUGGAGCAGCCAAUGGAGAGGUAAAUCACCGCAGAGCUGGGAACACCCAGCCAGUGACUCCUACCCUGAGCUGGGUUCAGCUGUUAGUCCCAGCUGGGCUGGAGGCAGGAGAGGACGGGACUUCCUCUUCCCCUGCAAAGAGUGGCUGGGGCUGUGUCAGACCCACACCCAGAACCCCCACACACACACUCCCACAGCUGCAGGAAGCUCCGCAUCCUCCCCUGCUUCCUGCCCUCAUCGCUUCUCAGCUGUGGGGGGAGAUCUCUGUAUGGGGACCUGCUCCCCCAUCCACCCAACCACCAUGCAGCUGGACCUCUGAUACCCAGACACUCCUGCCAAACCUCCCUCUUACAACUAAGAAUCUCCCCCAGCCCUCCAUACCUGAACCCCACCCCACUGAACCUCAACCCCUGCAGCUGCAUCCCCCCUGUACUCAGACCCGCUGCCUCCAGGCCCCAACCCCUGCACCCAGACCACCUCCCACUGAGCUCCCUGCACAGAACACCCCCACAAGCCCCACCCCCUGAGCCUCCACAUCCAGACCGCCACACCACUGACCCCCAACUAGCUGCACCCAGACCCCCACCCCACCAAGACCCCCACAGCUGAGACCCCCACACCCAGACCCCUCUGCUGAGCCCCAAUCACUUUCACUUGGAAGCCCCUACAGAGUCCCAUUGCCCCUGCACUUGGAACCCCCUCAAUGAGCCUCUGUGCAUCCAGAUUCCCCACACCUAGACCCCCCACUGAGCUGCCUCCUUCCAGAUUGUCCCACACAGAAUUCUCU